AUGGGUAAGAAAGAGAAGCAGUCGAAGAUGGACGUCGGAGAGGCUCAGGAACAGGGCACAUUCCACUUGAAGCCAUCGACAGGUGAACCCAGUCUCAACUCUGAAGAAUGGCCAUUACUUCUAAAGAAUUUUGACAAAAUGAAUGUGCGAACCAACCACUAUACUCCACUUCCGGAAGGCUGCUCUCCGUUAAAAAGAGAAAUCCGGAACUACAUCUCUUCCGGAUAUUUUAAUCUGGAUAAGCCGGCCAAUCCAUCUUCGCACGAGGUAUCUGGGUGUUUGAUUGUUUGCAUUGAUCGUACAACUCGCUUGGCAAAAUCUCAGCAAGGUGCAGGAAAGGAGUACAUCUGCAUUUUUAAGCUGCAUAAUCCCGUAGAAAGUGAGAAGAAAAUUAAACAAGCGCUGGAGAAGUUGACUGGAGCCUUGUUCCAACGUCCACCGCUUAUCUCAGCCGUGAAGCGCCAGGUAAAGUGUGAAUCCGGAACAUACGUGAGAACAAUCUGUGUGCAUCUUGGUCUUAUUCUAGGUGUGGGGGGACAGAUGCAGGAGCUAAGGAGGAACAGAUCAGGUAUUACGGAUGAACAUGACGAACUGGUAACAUUGCACGAUGUGUUAGAUGCUCAAUACGUUUUGGAUCACCACAAGGCAAGUUUCAGAGUGCAUUCUUUUAAGGAUGAGACUUACAUGCGGAAGAUAGUUCGGCCAUUGGAAGCAUUGCUUGUUCAGCACAAGCGAAUUAUAGUGAAAGAUUCAUCAGUUAACGCCAUAUGCUACGGAGCGAAAAUCCUUCUUCCUGGUGUUUUGCGGUACGAUGAUGGUAUCGAAGUUGGUCAAGAAAUCGUAAUUGUUAGUACUAAGGGUGAAGCCAUAUGUAUAGCGAUAGCGCAAAUGACAACUUCAACAAUGGCCUCAACGGACCAUGGCGUAGUGGCUAAAUCAAAGCGAGUUAUCAUGGAACGUGAUGUGUACGGUCGCAAGUGGGGUUUAGGUCCUGUCGCAAGCAAAAAGAAGCAAAUGAUUAAGGAUGGAUUGUUGGAUAAGUUCGGGAAACCUAAUGCGAAUACACCAGCUAAUUGGAAAGUUGUGGAUUAUUCUGCUACAAAGGUGGAGGCAACAGUUGAAGAAAGUGCGAAUGAAGAUGUCAGUUCACCAAAGGCGAAGAAGAAGAAGAAGAAGUCGAAAAAAGAAAGCACUUCAUCGUCCUCGGAUAGUGAGUAA